AUGGAACGUGAUGGGUGCGUGCGGGGCCGGGAAGGCCCGGCGGGGAACGGCCGCGAGCCGAGCCACGGGGCACCUGGAGACCCGCAGGCAGCCGCGUCCUUGCUGGCUCCCCUGGAUCUGGGUGAAGAGCCGCUGGAGAAGGUGGCGCGCGCCCGCACCGCCAAGGACCCCAACACCUAUAAAGUGCUCUCCCUGGUUUUGUCAGUGUGUGUGUUAACAACAAUCCUUGGCUGUAUAUUUGGGUUGAAACCAAGCUGUGCCAAAGAAGUAAAAAGUUGCAAAGGCCGCUGCUUUGAGAGAACCUUCGGGAACUGUCGGUGUGAUGCUGCUUGUGUUGACCUUGGAAACUGCUGUCUAGAUUUCCAGGAGACAUGCAUAGAACCAGGACAUAUAUGGACCUGCAACAAAUUCAGAUGUGGUGAGAAAAGGUUGACCAGAAACCUCUGUUCCUGUUCAGAUGACUGCCAGGAACAUGGAGAUUGCUGCAUCAACUACAGCCCUGUGUGUCAAGGUAAGAAAAGUUGGGUAGAAGAACCAUGUGAGAGCAUUAAUAAGCCACAAUGUCCAGAAGAGUUUGACUCACCUCCUGUGCUCUUAUUUUCCUUGGAUGGAUUCAGGGCAGAAUAUUUACACACUUGGGGGGGACUUCUUCCUGUUAUUAGCAAACUGAAAAACUGUGGAACAUACACUAGAAACAUGAGACCUGUAUAUCCAACAAAAACCUUUCCCAAUCACUACAGCAUUGUCACAGGUCUUUAUCCAGAAUCCCAUGGCAUAAUUGACAAUAAAAUGUAUGAUCCCAAAAUGAAUGCUUCCUUCUCACUUAAGAGUAAAGAGAAAUUUAAUCCUGAGUGGUACAAAGGACAGCCAAUUUGGCUCACAGCUAAGUAUCAAGACCUCAAGUCUGGAACCUUUUUUUGGCCAGGAUCAGAUGUGAAAAUUGAUGGAAUUCUUCCAGACAUCUAUAAAGUAUAUAACGGUUCAGUUCCAUUUGAAGAAAGAAUUUUAGCUGUUCUAAAGUGGUUACAACUUCCUAGAGAUGAAAGACCACACUUUUACACUCUGUAUUUAGAAGAACCAGAUUCUUCAGGUCAUUCUUAUGGACCAGUCAGCAGUGAAGUCAUCAAAGCCUUGCAGAGGGUUGACAGCAUGGUGGGCAUGUUGAUGGAUGGUCUAAAAGAGCUGAACUUGGACAAGUGCCUGAACCUCAUCCUUCUUUCAGAUCAUGGCAUGGAACAAGGCAGUUGUAAGAAGUAUGUAUACCUGAAUAAGUAUUUAGGAGAUGUUAAAAAUAUUAAAGUUGUCUAUGGACCUGCUGCUCGAUUGAGACCUUCUGAUGUCCCAGAUAAAUACUAUUCAUUUAAUUAUGAAAACAUUGCCAGAAAUCUUUCUUGCCGGGAACCAAACCAGCACUUCAAGCCUUAUCUGAAACACUUCUUACCCAAGCGUUUACAUUUUGCUAAAAGUGACAGGAUCGAACCAUUGACAUUCUAUAUGGACCCACAGUGGCAACUUGCGUUGAAUCCAUCAGAAAGGAAAUAUUGUGGAUAUGGAUUUCAUGGAUCUGACAAUGUCUUCUCAAAUAUGCAAGCCCUCUUCAUUGGCUAUGGACCAGGAUUCAAGCAUGGCAUUGAAGUUGACACCUUUGAAAAUAUUGAAGUUUAUAACUUAAUGUGUGAUUUACUGAAUUUGACCCCAGCUCCUAAUAAUGGAACUCAUGGAAGUCUUAACCACCUUUUAAAAAAUCCUGUGUAUACCCCAACACAUCCCAAAGAAGCACACCCCCUAAUGCAGUGCCCCAUCUCAGGAACCUCCCGAGAUAACCUUGGCUGCUCCUGUGACCCUGUGAUUCUGCCGAUUGUGGAUUUUCAGACACGGUUUAAUCUGACCACGGCAGAAGAGAAGACUAUUGCCCGUGGCACGCUUCCCUACGGGAGACCUAAGGCUGUGCAAGGGAGGCCCAGCAUCUGUCUUCUUUAUCAGAGCCAGUUUGUGAGUGGAUACAGCCACGACCUCCUCAUGCCCCUUUGGACCUCCUAUACUGUGCACAGAAAUGACAGUUUCUCUACAGACAACUUUUCCAACUGCCUCUUCCAGGACCUUCGAAUUCCUCUUAGUCCCAUCCAUAAAUGUUCUUUCUAUAAAAAUAAUGCUAAAGUGAGUUAUGGCUUCCUUGCUCCACCACAAUUAAGUAAGGAUUCAAGUGAAAUAUAUUCUGAGGCUUUGCUUACAACUAAUAUAGUGCCAAUGUAUCAGAGUUUUCAAGUUAUUUGGGGCUACUUUCAUGACACCCUGCUGCAGCGGUAUGCUGAUGACAGGAAUGGUAUCAAUGUUGUCAGUGGUCCUGUAUUUGACUCUGAUUUUGAUGGACGCUGUGAUUCCUCAGAGACUCUGAAGCAGGUCAGCAGAGUCAUUCGAAAUCAAGAAAUUCUGAUUCCCACUCACUUCUUCAUUGUGCUCACCAGCUGUAAAGAUGCAGCCCAGACACCCUUGCAGUGUGAAAGCCUGGAUCCCUUAGCCUUCAUCCUGCCUCACAGACCCGAUAACAGUGAGAGCUGUGCUUCUGGGAAGCAUGACUCUUCAUGGAUUGAAGACUUGUUCAUGUUACACAGAGCACGGAUCUCAGAUGUGGAACAUAUCACUGGACUCAGCUUCUAUCAAGAAAGAAAAGAGCCAGUUUCAGACCUUUUGAAAUUAAAAACAUUCUUGCCAACCUUUAACCAAGAAGACUAACUUUUUUUUCUAAUACUUCCUAAAACUGUACCCUAAAUCUUUUGUGAGAACCUGAUAUUUUAUACAGCCCUCUGCCAGCCACACAAUUGCAAUGCUUCAAAACUGUCGAGCAGAGUUAAAACUGAGAACCUCUGUGAUACAGACAUCUCAGGGAAACUUGUGGACUCCACGUAACCACAGAAGAGUGUUCCUAUCGUGUCUCACACAGAUUUCAUGUGGAAGAAUCCUGUGCAUGGUGCCAGUGCCAGGAGUAAAAGCAGAUCAUCCCCGAAGGUGCUCUUCUUCUUUCAUAAGGGAGAAGUAGAUGCAGCCAUUGUCUGAAGACUGGAUUUAGAAUCAUGUGAUUGUUAGUAGCCUUUAUAGCAUUAAUGGAACUGGAAGAGUCCAUGUGACAUUACUAUCUCUACAAGAACUUAAAGGUGUUUCUAGAUUCCUUUUCAUUUGGAGUGUCUUUUAUAUUUCAUUUUAAUCAAAAAAAAUUUACGGUAGGCAAAAUAGUUCUCAAAUUGUAUUUAUACCUUUUCUGUGUACUCGUUCAAAAGCCAAAUCAUUCAUCUUAUU